AUGUCCAACGAAUACGUUGAAGACUCGGAGCCUGAGAGGGAAUAUAUCAGGAUGUCGCAGAAGAGCCGUUCUAAGUCUCGCGUCAAUGCACAGUCUUCACCGGAAAGCGGUUCAGUUGAUGGCAGCUAUAAGCAAAUUGGUAGCGACAACAGAAACAUCAUCGAUAUCAGCAGUGACAUGUCAGGUGUAUUUGCUUCACCGGCUACCCCUGCGCGUAAAGUGACGGUGAAAGAGAGAAUCAUCGACAUCAGUGACUCUCCUGAAAAUUCAUUCACUUCGCCUGGUGUCCCUGCUGCUGCACGCGUCCCUCUCCCUGUCAUUCAGAGCCCCAUCAUCGAUUUAUCUCCUAUUCGGCCGAGCAAAUUAGGGAUGUACAGCAAUGUUGGUGCAGCACAACCUAUCGCUGGGCUUUUGAAUGCAAAGAAGAAGACGCACCCCAGUCUGACAACAUCGACCACUUCUGAAGCCCCCAAAGAUAAACCUCUCGCCAAACGCGGUCGCCCAGCGAAAGCUGACGUACUUGGCGACUUGAGUGAUAGGCAGCUUGCGGGGCUUCUGAAAUGCGUGUGUUGCGACAUCAAAUGGACGACUAGGAAGUCAUCUGCUCAGAAGGCGUCGCACAUCUCUUCGUGUGCCAGGAAGCACGACAUGACCGCCUUGACUGUGCAAGGGCUCGUGCGCAAAGAGAUAGAUAACGCACCCCCCGCUGUUUCCAAGUCAGCGCGUACAGCGAAAGACACUCCUCUGCUUUCUUCGCAAGUUCCGACACACUUAGAAGACAUCGUCAACCGUGCAGAACCGAAGAAGCGCGGGCGCCGCCCCGCAGCAUCAGCCACCGUGCAAGCACCCUCUGCUGCCCAUAGCGACAUUCUUGACCGUGCACGCGCGGUAUUGCAUCGCGAGAACGCCCCCGUCAUAGGUCCAUCCGCGACUUCCCGUCGUCCACUUUCGACCUCAGGACACGCUUCACCGCAGAGGCUGCCGGAAGUAACACAGCCAUUUGCCAAGAGCGCUCUAGCGGGACGAGGUCGUAGUCUGUUCUUCGCCGACCGCGAAGAAAACGUUGAGGAGGAGCCUCCGGCGACUCAGCCGUUCGGCGCGUCGAAGUUUGGCGCUCUGUCGCGUCUUCAAGCACCAGCGCCUAUCGCGUCGUCCUCUGCCAUAAGCGUGUCUUCUUCUUCUUCUCCCGAUGACCAUGUGAUCGCCGUCAACGCCCAUAGCGCAAACGAGCCCUCUCCUCGAGCUCCUCGAUCAACGAAGAUGUCCCCGCAGCCCGACGCCCAGCCUCCCUCUUUUUCGCCGACAGGUUCUGACUACUUCGAAUACGCCAACGACGAUUUCUACAACGUCCAGCCCGGGGAAGAUGACUGGCACGAUGCCCCAGACCCGUACGAUCCUGAAACACGAUAUACUCCUCCUGUAUACUUGCCACAGCCUAUCAUUCCUAUCCUCCGUGAACAACGUGCCCACCCUGGCCCUAUUCCCGAGCCCGCUUCCUCUGCAAAUCCUAACAUUGCAAACGCCCUGUUUAUACCCGCUGCUGUCCGUAAACCCACCAAGAAGAGAACCAAGAAGGCGGCGCCCGCCGUAGUCUUGGACGAUGACGCUCUUGAAGUUGAGAUGAAGAGACUCAUCCUCGCGGAUGAGGCUCUGUAUCUCCGAAUUCUGAGGUUUGAGCCCAUACAUUUCGACGUCUUCUAUGAGCUCGCGCUGUCCAUCGGCAUCUCGGACAGAAAGCUCAAAGCGCGCGUGAGGACCAUACUGGAUAAGCAGGUCAUCUCUCAUUACGGGGCGGAGCCGGGGGGCAAGCGGACUCGCAAGCAAUAUCACCCUUAG